AUGAAGAGCCUGGAGCAUGAGCUGCACUGCCCUGUCUGUAAGGACAUCGUCAAACAGCCCGUGGUGCUGCCGUGCCAGCACAGUGUCUGUCUGCUCUGCGCCUCCGAGGUCUUGGUGGCAAAUGGCUACCCGCUGCCGGAGCUUCCUCCCGAGCCCAACUCCCCAGCCUCCACGCCCAACAUGCGCUCGCCCCGCCAGGCUCGCAGGCCCACCCCCAAAGCGGAGCAGCGGCCCAUCGACCGGGUGCUGCGCUCAGGUCCCCACCCGCCGUCCCCGUCCAUGCCCCGGUCGCCCGGGUACGGCACGUAUCCAGGGAGACGCCGCAAGGAGGGCCCGCCCCUGGUGAUGAUGUUCCCCUGCGUCCCCUGUGGCCGCGACGUGGAGCUGGGGGAGAAGGGCCUUACCGACUGUCUCCGCAACCUCACCUUGGAGCGCAUCGUGGAGAGGUACAGGCACACGGUGAGCCUGGGCAGCGUUGCUGUGAUGUGCCAGUUCUGUAAGCCUCCGCACACUCUCGAGGCCACGAAGGGCUGUGCUGACUGCAGAUCCAACUUUUGCAAUGAGUGUUUCAAGCUCUAUCACCCCUGGGGAACGCCACGGGCACAGCAUGAGCACAUCCAGCCAACGCUCAACUUCAGACCAAAGGUCCUGACCUGUCCGGAGCACGACCAGGAGAAGCUGCAGUUCUACUGCAGGUCUUGUCAGCGGCUGCUUUGCCCUCUCUGUAAACUGCGCCGCAUUCACGGUGGACACAAAAUCCUCCCAGUGGCUCAGGCUUACCAGGCUCUGAAGGAAAAAAUAACUAAAGAGAUGAACUACAUUAUGUCCAACCAGGACACAGUCCUGGCUCAGAUUACCCAGCUGGAGAGCUCCAUCACUCAGACUGAGGUAAACAGCGUUUCAGCCAGGGAGCAGCUGGCCCAGAGCAUCAGGGAUCUGACCGCCGCCCUGGCCGAGCGGCACGCCUCGCUCACCCAGGCUCUGGAGGCGGCGCGGCAGAAGCGAGGCGAAGCUCUGGCCGCUCAGGUGACGGAGAGGCGGGGCCUGAUGGAACACGCGGGACUCAUGGCCUUCACCCAGGAGCUGCUGAAAGAAACAGACCAGCCCUGUUUCGUGCAGGCCGCUCGCCAUACUCAUAACAGGCUGAGCAAGGCCAUUGAGAAUCUCCAGCACUUCACUUUGGCAGCCGACCCGUCCUUCAGACAUUUUCAGCUGGACGUGUCCAAAGAGCUCAAACUCCUGACCGAGCUGAACUUCAUCCAGGCUCCUCUGGCUCCGGUCAUCGAUACCCAGCGCACUCUGGCCUAUGACCAGCUCUUCUUGUGCUGGCGACUGCCCCAGGAGUCUGCCCCCUCCUGGCACUUUUCAGUGGAGUACCGCCGCCGGGGGGUGGUGCCUGGGGGGGCCUCCAGAGGUGGGAUCAGAGGGGGCCUGGCUGCCGCCCGCUGGGGAUGGCAGCGACUGGAUGAAGUGAGUGGAAGCAGUGCUGUGAUUGACAGGUUAGAGAUGGACAGCGUGUACGUGCUGCGGGUGCGAGGCUGCAACAAGGCGGGCUACGGGGACUACAGCGAGGAGGUGUACCUGCACACCCCCCCCGCACCAGUGCUUAACUUCUACCUGGACUCUCGCUGGGGCCUCCAUGCGGACCGGCUGGUGGUCAGCAAAGAGCAGCGUGGAGCUCGCAGUGUUCCUGGCCUUUCUCUUCUGCAGGCUGCCGAUCAUGCCCUCACCUCCUGUCACCUGACUUCUGAUCUUCUCGUCGGGGAUGUAGCCAUUACACAGGGAAGGCACUACUGGGCAUGCUCGGUUGAGCCUGGAUCUUACCUCGUUGGAGUUGGUCUGGAGUCCAAACUGCAGGAGUGGUUUCACCUUCCACAGGACAUGGCCAGUCCCCGCUAUGACCCAGACAGUGGCCAUGACAGUGGGGCAGAGGAUGCGUUGGACUCGGCCCCCCCUUUCUGUUUCCUCACCAUGGGCAUGGGGAAAAUCUACCUGCCACAGCACAGCUACCACCACCACCAGCACCACAGCAACCAAGCUAAUGGGAAUCGAGACCCCAUCACCAACGGCAACGGCCCCUCCUCGCCUUCAGGCAUCACCUACCCCCUGCCCCCCCGGCUCGGCGUGUGCCUUGACUUCGAGAAGGGACGCGUCACCUUCUAUGACGCCCACUCUCUGCGGCCCCUGUGGGAGGGUCACGUGGAUUGCUCCGGCCCCGUGUGCCCGGCGUUCUGCUUCAUUGGCGGGGGGGCGCUGCAGCUGCAGGAGCUGGUGGCCAAUCGCAACGCCGAUCAGACCCCCGUCAGACGGGUGACCAUCCAGCCCCGUGGCUCUAAUCUGAACAACAACUGA